UGAAAAAGAUCCCGAAGUGACCAAGGCGAUUUGACUUAUUCCCUAUGUACCUAAUUGGCAACCAACCAUAACUCUGCCUACUCUAUCUAAAGGAAGACAUAAUCCACCAACUCCCUGCUACUUCCACAAGCAUAGUUUCCCUUUAAUUUCCUCUUCCAUAAAACUCUCUACUCUCUCCUGUUCCAAGGAAACGUCGUUGGUAUGUUGAAGUUGCUGGCAAAAGGUCGUACUCAGUCUCCGGUGCUCAGAAAUAGUUUUACGUGUACAAGAAUUUCAAGAGUAUGUUAUGUAUCAUCUUUUAUCAUCUUUUCAGAAACUUACAAGAUAUUGCAGACUCUAGGUAUGGCACCAGCAAAUGCGCGGAGCAAUAGCUCUCUUCCAGCAGGUAUGAACACAUACAUUCCUUUUCACACCCGGCUACAAAGGAUGCCAUAGUUGACAAUAUUGCAUGACAGGCUAUAAGGAAGACUCAUCUAAAGGUCCCAUGCUACGAUUUGAGGAAUCACUCCCAAAACUUCCAGUUCCUACGUUAGAAGAGACAGCUGUUCGAUAUCUCAAAUCAGUACAUCCCUUGGUUACUUCUGCCGAGCUACAAACCACCACAAAAGCUGUUCAGGAAUUCAUAAAGCCAGGCGGAAUCGGUAGCAAACUCCAAGAGAAAUUAAUCGCUCGUCGAGAGGAUUCAAAACACAAGAAUUGGUUAUAUGAGUGGUGGAAUGAUGCAGCAUAUUUGAGCUACAGAGAUCCAGUCGUUCCAUAUGUCAGCUACUUUUAUUCCCACCGAGAUGAUAGAAGGCGGCGCGAUCCAUCAAAGAGAGCUGCUGCCAUCAGUACUGCAGUUUUGGAAUUCAAGAAACAAGUGGAUGGUGGAACUUUGGAACCUGAAUACAUGAAGAAGCUACCAAUCUCUAUGGAAAGCUAUCAAUGGAUGUUCAACGCUAGUCGAGUUCCAGCAAAGCCAGCAGAUCAUCCGAUUAAAUAUUCUGCGGAGGAGAACAAACACAUUUUGGUCAUUCGCAAAAACCAAUUUUUCAAGGUUAUGCAUGAAGUUGAUGGACAACAAUUGAACACCUCUGAGUUGGAACAACAAUUCAAGCGCAUUUACGAGAAGGCCGAAAGUACACCAGCAGUCGGAAUUCUUACUUCUGAGAAUCGCGAUAUUUGGACUGAUGCUCGUGAAGUUCUUCUCCAGGCAAACCCAACAAACGCAAAGAUUCUCAGAGACAUCGAAUCUGCUUCAUUUGUUGUUUGCUUAGAUGAUGCUGCUCCAGUUACUCUCGAAGAGCGGGCCCAUCAAUACUGGCACGGUGAUGGCGCAAACCGUUGGUUUGACAAACCUCUCCAAUUCAUCAUCAACAACAAUGGUACAUCCGGUUUCAUGGGUGAGCACUCUAUGAUGGACGGAACACCUACACAUCGUUUGAAUGACUACGUAAAUGAAGUAAUCUUCAGCAACAAACUCGAUUUCUCCAACCCAUCCGUCCGUUCCAAUAUUCCCGAACCAACCCCCCUCAAAUUCCACAUUACAAAAGAGGUUCAAUCAGAAAUUGAGCGCGCAACAAAGGAUUUUACCGAAGUCAUCGCCGCUCACGAACUUCGUGUUCAAGCUUACCAAGGUUAUGGUAAAGGACUCAUCAAAAAAUUCAAAUGCUCACCUGAUGCUUAUGUACAAAUGAUUAUCCAACUUGCCUAUUUCAAAAUGUACGGUAAAAACAGACCUACAUACGAAAGUGCCGCAACCCGUCGUUUCCAACAAGGACGUACUGAAACAUGUCGUUCUGUCUCCGACGACUCGGUCGCUUUCUGCAAAGCUAUCUCCGACCAUACCGUCGAACCAUCUAAAGCUAUUGCUGCAUUCCGCGCAGCUAUUAACUCGCAUGUUGAAUAUAUUACAGCAGCCAGUGAUGGCAAGGGUGUAGAUCGUCACUUAUUCGGAUUAAAGAAAUUGUUGGAACCAGGAGAAGAGCUUCCUGCUAUUUUCAAAGAUCCUACUUAUUCUUACAGUAGUAAAUGGUUUAUUUCGAGUAGUCAGUUGAGCUCGGAAUAUUUUAAUGGAUAUGGAUGGAGUCAAGUGGUUGAUGAUGGAUGGGGAAUUGCUUAUAUGAUUAAUGAGAACAGGUAUGUUUUUUGCUCUGUUCUGGUCAUUCCUUUUUCCUUUUCUUCCCCCCUUAUCUUACUUCUGGAUGAAGAUGGAUCUUGGAGAAAAACAAAACUAACAAUAAAAUAGCAUCCAAUUCAACGUCGUAUCAAAGGGUCUCGGUUCAGAAAGAAUGAGCUUUUAUCUUAAUGAGGCAGCGGGAGAUAUUAGAGAUCUUUUGAUACCUACAUUAGAACCAGCUAAAGCUAAGUUGUAAAUAUGUUUGGAGAUGGAGGCAUGAGGAUGAAGAAGUUAACUAGAUGAAGUGAGUUUAGAGGAAAGGGAGAGCAGAGACAAAUGAAUAAGAAGAAUAGAUAGACAUGAUACGAAGCGGUAUUAUGAUAAUUGUAUAAAGAUAUUAGAUAUAUUUCAAUAGAUUUCUAGUGUCUAAGUUUAGAUAAAAAAGAUAAAA